AUGAUGAGAGACAGAGAGAAAGAGAGAGACCCUGAUGAUCUGGUUGAGCCCGUGGCUCCGGUGAUUGUGAUUGGUCCGAAGAAUACGUCUGUCGUAGCAGGGAGGGAAGCUACACUGGAGUGUAUUGCUAACGCCAGGCCGGUGGAGAGGCUGGUGUUGUCGUGGAAACGUAACGGGCGUCGGCUGGCCAGCGGAGUGGGUGUGUUCGGGCGUCGCCUGACCUUGUCUAGCCCCUCCCUCUCAGACGGGGGCGUGUACGUGUGUGAGGCGUCAAUUAUUAACUCCACCACCAGACCCACCGAGGCCCGGGCACACCUCUCUGUACUGGAGCCUCCAUACUUCACUGCUGAACCCAAACUAAAGACUGUAGCAGCGGUGGACAAGAACGUGGACUUACACUGUCAGGCCAAGGGAGUCCCCCCGGCCCGGCUAGAGUGGUAUAAAGACGCCGUGCCCGUAUCCAAGCUGGCCAACCCUCGCUACAAGGUUACCUCGGCAACAGGUCUGACUGUGCGGAGAGUCCAACCAGGAGAUGCCGGAAUGUUCCAGUGUUUCGCUCGGAACGCUGCCGGAGAUACACAGACACACACACAGCUGGUGGUUACUAGUGUCGCCCCCUCCUUCUCCCUCCUCCCCUCUGAUCUCACCGUUACCGAUGGCAACUCGGCUGUGUUCAGCUGUGAGACCACUGGAUCCCCCAAACCUGCUGUCAGCUGGAGGAGAGGUUCUCAGCUCCUGGCCAGUGGGACGGUCCAGAUUCCCAGGUUCACCCUGCUGGAGUCAGGUGGUCUGCUGGUUGAGCCAAUCAGGAUGCAUGAUUCUGGCGACUACACCUGUACUGCUGCCAGCGCAGACGGAUCCAUCAACGCUACUGCUACUCUCACUGUCUGGACUCGUACGUUUAUCUCCGUCCCUCCGGUGGACCAGAGGGUCAUCAAGGGAACCACGGCAACCCUGGACUGUAACGCUACACACGACCCCAGGGUCAACAUCAGUUUCCAGUGGCAGCGUGGUGCAGUACCCCUCCAGCCCAGUGGGGGCAGAGUGUCUAUAUUGUCUGGUUCUCUGACAAUCAGCCAGACCUGGUCAGGUGACAUAGGAGACUACACCUGCACUGUGACAUCACAGGCCGGGAACCAAUCACGCUCCGCACGCCUGGAGGUCAUUGAGCUCCCCCACUCCCCCAGGUCUCUCUCUGUGUCUCUGAAUGAUUCAGACAGCCGCUCAGUCCUUCUCUCCUGGGUCAGACCCUUCGAUGGAAACUCUCCUCUUCUGCACUACAUACUGGAGCUGUCUGAGAACAACUCUCCAUGGAAGAUGUACAUGUCGGAGGUGGAGCCUGCGGUGACACGGGUGACGGUGGGCGGGCUCACCCCUGCCAGGACCUAUCAGUUCAGACUCUGUGCUGUCAAUCAAGUGGGGCGUGGACAAUACAGCGGCGAGACACAGAG